UCGCUAACGGGGCGCGCUCCGCGGGAAGUGGUGCGGCUUACUAUUGCGGUGUCGGGCGGCCGGUUGCGGUGUCGGGCGGCCGGCUGCGGUGUCGAGCGGUCGGCUGCGAUGUCGGGCGGCCGGUUGUGGUACCUGGUUAUUUUAGUUGAAUUGGGCGUCUUUUUGAUGAGUUCAAACUAUACGCACAUUGGGCGCAUUUCAGAGAUUGGAGCCGAUUUGUGUGCGGAUGGUGCUCACGGCCAAACUUAUCGUGUGGCUGAGGAGAGCUGUAUCGCAACGAUAUAUUAUAAAGGAAAUAAUUCGUUGACAGCAUCUAGCCGUCGCACAACAACACCGGCAGCGAUCGAACUGUAUAACAGCAGCAGUUUGGCACUUCUGGCUCAAUAG